AAAAAAAUCAUCUGAAAAUUUGAGAAAAAAAAAUAAAAAACAGAGCUUCAUGUCUUCAUCUUCCUGGAUUUUUUCACCAGCACACUCUCAAGGAACGUCUCUCUCAUUCCCAAUUCUGAGACUCAAACUCUCUCUUCUCUCUCACUGCCACUAGAGUCUCUCUCGGUUUCACUAGAGUCUCUACUCGUUCACAGAGUCACACUCACCGGCGUCUCGUUGCUCCUCUCCUCUCGUCGCCGGCGUUUCAACGUCUCGCGGCCUUUCCUGGGCUCCUCCUUGCCGGCGAGAGAAGCACUCGUCGGAUCAUCGUCGCUCGUCGUCUUCUGGUUUCAAGUACUCGCCGUCGCCGUCGUAGGGUCGUCACUUGCUUCGUCGCUCGUCCUCUUAUGGGGUCGGGUCCUCUUCGUCACCCAGUCGCCCUUGGUAAGUCCAUGCAUCAUCACUUCCCCUGUUCUCCCUUUCCCAGAUUCCCUUCUCCCAAAAAAUGGUAAGGUUGAGGUGCCUCAAAGGGUUCAACCUGAUAUCUUUAGAAACGAGACAGCACAAAUGCCAGAGUCAAGGAAUCCAUUACUGGAUGAAGAUUUAGUUAGGAACGAUGUCGGGCAUGAUGGAGAAAAAUCGACUCAUUCUAAGAGAAAUGGAAUCAUGUUGGACACGGGUUCAGAUCUUUCUACCACAUUGGCUGAUGAUGAUGAUUCCAACCUCAUCCCUUCAAGGUUGCGUGACAAUAUUGUAGGGACUGGUGGGUCAUGUUCCAAACGGAGAAGGUUGGAUUGUGAUCCUGUGGUCUCAUCUAACCCUUCUACAACUGAGGAUGGAGUUGAUACUGAUGCAAGUGUGUUGCAAAAGGAAUAUUCUGUAAAUUCACCAAAAGAAGUCACAAAGCACACAUGUCUAAUUUGCAAGAGUGGUGGACAGCUACUGCAAAUACAUGCUUAGUUUCCUCUGUUUGUACUCGGGGCAUGACCUAUCGUGGACGAGAGCGUGGACUUCUAACCUGUUAUCCCAAUACCAGUUUGGCUGUGGCCAAGGAGUUAAUGGAAGCCAAGGGCAUUAAGCAAUUACCAGUGGUUAAACGCGGUGGAGAUCGCAAUAGAGAGAGGAAGCGGAGAAUUGUUGGUCGUCUUCAUUAUGAUGCACUAUGGCAUUGUCUCAGGAUAGAGAUUAACCAUCGGAAGGAAGUGAAUCGAAAUAGGAGAGAAAACCAUUUGGCUGUGGAAACUGCAAACGGGCAUUAGCUUGGUUACCCUCACCAAAGAAACCGUGAGGAGGUGGCAUGGAUCUCCUUGAUUACCAUUUUGAAAGCCAAGUUAUGAGUGAAGACUGAUUAUAUAAGUCGAUGUAUAUUUUAGUGUCCCAAUCCAACGGUGACAAGUUAAGCUGAGAUUCUUUUGCAUAAUUUAGCAAAGUGCAUCUUGUAAAGUAACUAUAAGAAAGAAGCAAAUGAAUACUGAAUACAAUGGGAUUUGAAAAGCA